AUGGAAAAGGAAAUGGAGGCCAUCGGAACGGAGAAUGGGUCUCCUUUCCAGUUCCUUAUGGAAAGAAGGUCUCCAGUCCAGAUUAGAAAAAUGGAUAUGAUCAAAAGCCAACUUAGAAAAAACUGCUCCUGCUCCAUGAGGAAAAUGAAAAAGACGGUCAUGGACUUUUUCCCUGUGUUACGAUGGCUUCCCAAAUACAAGUGCAAAGAAUACAUUUGGGGGGAUGUCAUGUCUGGCCUCGUCAUUGGGAUCAUUUUGGUACCCCAAGCAAUAGCCUACUCUCUGCUAGCGGGUCUGAAGCCUAUUUAUAGCCUCUACACUUCCUUCUUUGCCAACAUCAUCUACUUCCUCAUGGGCACCUCCCGACAUGUUUCAGUUGGGAUUUUCAGCUUAUUAAGCUUAAUGGUUGGACAGGUCGUGGACAGAGAACUGCUCUUGGCUGGGUUUGACCUCAAUGACGAUCCUCGGGAAGCCGUCAAUGCUGGACACCAAUUGAAUGUUACAGUUUUCAACUUUACCCUCGGCUCUGUGAGCACUGAAUGCGGGAAAGACUGCUAUGCCAUCGGAGUGGCUACAGCACUGACCUUCCUGGCUGGGGUUUAUCAAGUUCUGAUGGGCUUUUUCCGCUUAGGCUUUGUUUCUAUGUAUCUCUCUGAGCCUGUCCUGGAUGGGUUUGCAACAGGUGCUUCGCUGACCAUUUUGACAGCUCAAGUGAAGUAUCUCGUUGGGAUCAAGAUCCCCCGUGCCCAGGGGUACGGGAUUUUAAUAACCACCUGGGUUAAUAUUUUUCGCAACAUUGCCCAGGCGAACGUUUGCGAUGUUGUCACAAGUGCCGUCUGCAUUGCUAUGCUGGUCACAGCCAAAGAAAUGGGGGACAGAUACAAACACCGGCUCAAGGUCCCGCUUCCUACGGAGCUGGUGGUGAUUGUGGCGGCCACUGUGGUUUCUCAUUAUGGGAGGCUGAACGAAGUUUAUGGCUCCAGUGUGUCAGGCGCCAUUCCCACCGGAUUUAUCCCUCCCCAGGUGCCCGACUUCAGCCUCAUGCAGAGGGUUGCGGUCGAUGCUCUCCCUCUUGCCAUCGUCGGCUUCGCGUUCACCGUUUCGCUCUCAGAAAUGUUCGCCAAGAAGUACGCUUACGCUGUCCGAGCCAAUCAGGAAAUGUUUGCCAUCGGAUUCUGCAACAUCAUCCCAGCUUUUUUCCACUGCUUUGCCACCAGCGCCGCUCUGGCAAAAAGUCUGGUCAAAUCAUCGACAGGGUGCCAGACCCAGGUGUCCAGUGUCGUGAGUGCCGUAGUCGUGCUCCUGGUGCUGCUGUUUUUUGCCCCCCUUUUUUUCAACUUGCAGAAGUGCGUCUUGGCCUGCACUAUCAUUGUCAGCCUCAGAGGAGCCCUUCGGAAGUUCAAAGACAUCCCCCAGCGCUAUCGCCUAGACAAAAUCGACGCACUGGUGUGGUGCGCAACCAUGCUCGCCUCUGCUCUCGUCAGCACUGAAAUGGGACUUCUGGUUGGGGUUGUUUUCUCAAUGCUAUGCAUUGUUGGCCGCACUCAGCAUCCUCAUGCUGCCUUACUAGGCCAAAUUGGGAACACUGUCUUCUACGAAGACAAUGAGGAAUACAAAAACCUUCUGCCUGUCCCAAAGGUCAAAAUCUUCCGCUUCGAAGCACCGCUUUAUUAUGCAAACAAGGACUUUUUCCUGAAGUGCCUCCACAAAAGAACGGGCCUGGAUCCAGCUGUGGAAAUUGCCAAGAGGAAAAAGGCCGAGAGGAAAGGACAACAACGUCUUGAGAGGGGAUCGGGCCAGGAAGAGAUGACUCCAUGUCUGCUCCCGAAACAUAGCGACUUCCAAGCCAUCGUCAUAGACUGCUCGGCCAUUUCAUUUGUGGACACAGCUGGAGUGAGCACGUUAAAAGACACACACAAAGACCACCAGGAACUCCAAAUCACUGUUCUUCUGGCUUGCUGCAACCCCACCGUGAUAGACUCUCUAGAAAGGGGAGGCUACUUAGGCAACGAAAACAAGGACAUGCAUGAACUGCUGUUCCACAGCAUCCAUAGUGCCAUUGAGUUUGUACGAGGGAAGGAGAUUGUCACAGAUGCCUCUGUAGUAUAGUUCGAGGUCCAUUAUUUGCCUCUCCCACAACGGGCCCUUGGGAGGUCCUUCAUUCAUUGCACAAAGGUUGGAGCAGCAGGCACCUUGUCUGGUCUUGGGAUUUGCCUUUAAUCCUGGCAAGUGCCCGAAUCUCACGUUCAGUUUAUUCAACUUGUAUGGGAACACAGUUACACCAACACGACAUUUUAACCUCAAAAUUGAGGACAGGUAUAUCGAAACAUCAAAGCCCAUAUGUUACUUUUAACGGCAACUUGGCCUUUUUUAACAGCACACGGUCUUUUUUUCCUUUGAGAAAAGCAGCAAGAGGAUAAGAAUGUAAGAUUGAUUAGGUUUGCUUCCAAGCUUUGUUUCUUGUUUUUGUUUUCAGAGUGGACAUUGCUGAAAAUCCUCGUUCAAAGGGAUGGAUAGCACAAAAAGGCGACAGAUGGAUCACAGGUUUGCGUGCUGAUGCUGUGCCAUCCUAGCUCGAGGAGCUGCAAAGUUUUGUAAAGUCCGCUGCUACAAUGGAAAUGUUAAACUUGCACAACUUCAAGGAGAGCUGGCCCAAGAUCAUUUACGGUGCCCUUGGCAAAAAUCCGACAGACGCUUCCCCCACUGCGGCAGGC